AUGCCACAGGAAUUAGCAACUUGUGCUCAUAUCUGUGUUACAAGGAAACGACCUAUCAGAAUCAUAAAUGAAGUAAGCGGGAUCAUUCGACCGUCAAGGAUGACACUUCUUCUAGGAGCACCUGGUUCAGGGAAGACAACUUUCUUCAAAGCAUUGGCAGGAAAACUGGAUUCUUCUUUGAAGUUCAAAGGAAAGGUCAUGUACAAUGGAGAAGAAAUGAAUUCAUCAACACCGCAGUACCUGUGUGCGUAUGUUAGCCAGUAUGAUCUUCACCAUGCUGAGAUGACAGUAAGAGAGACGAUCAACUUCUCUUCCAAGAUGCUCGGAACCAAUAACGAAUUUGAGAUGCUAGGAGCAGCAAUAAGAAGUAAAAAGGGUGUCACCAAUAAAGUGGACCAAGAUCUUGAUUCAUUGAUUAAGGCCACCACUUCUGGAGAAGGAAGCAACCUCACAACAAAUUAUAUUAUCAAGAUACUUGGCUUGUCUGAAUGUGCUGAUACCCUAGUAGGAGAUGAGAUGAGAAGAGGAAUAUCAGGAGGGGAAAAGAAAAGAGCCACAGUCGGGGAGAUGCUAGUUGGUCUGGCAAGAUGCUUCUUUAUGGAUGAUAUAUCAACAGGUCUAGAUUCCACGACAUUUGAGAUCAUGAAGUUUCUCCAACAGAUGGCUCAUUUGAUGGACCUCACAAUGGUUAUUUCCUUGCUGCAACCACCUCCCGAGACAUUUGAAUUAUUUAAUGACAUUAUACUUUUAUGUGAGGGGCAAAUUGUGUAUCAUGGUCCCCGAGAAAAUGCUACGGACUUCUUUGAAACUAUGGGAUUCAAAUGCCCCAACAGAAAGAAUGUAGCAGAUUUCCUUCAAGAGGUAACCUCUAAGAUGGACCAAAAGCAAUACUGGGCUGGUGAUCAAAAUAAGUAUCAAUACCAUUCAGUUGAAAAGUUCGCAGAGUCCUUCCACACGUCUUAUCUCCCUCUUCUAGUAGAAGGCAAACUGUGCAGAUCAAACAAUACUGGAAAGAACAAGGAGGAAUUUUAUUAUAACAAUGCAAACACCGUCGGUGAAGCUAUCCUCAAGAUCAGAGGGCUGCUCACGGAGUGGCACUGGUACUGGAUUUGUGUCACUAUUUUAUUUGGAUACUCGCUGGUCUUCAACAUCUUCAGCAUAUUUGCAUUGGAGUUCAUGAACUGCCAGCAGUGCUCACAAGCUCUGAUGGGGAUAACUGGCGCUGGCAAGACAACAUUGCUUGAUGUAUUAGCUGGAAGAAAAACUGGGGGAUAUAUGGAGGGAACUAUUAAGAUAGCAGGCUACCCUAAGAAGCAGGAGACAUUCUCGAGGAUCUCAGGUUACUGUGAACAGACUGACAUUCACUCCCCUAAUCUCACUGUAUAUGAGUCACUGAAAUUUUCUGCAUGGCUUCGUCUGCCUUCAAAUGUUAAACCUCAUCAAAGAGACAUGUUCAUCGAAGAAGUCAUGAGCCUUGUUGAGCUCACUGACUUGAAGAAUGCCAUGGUAGGCAUCCCAGGAGCAACUGGCCUGUCAGCUGAGCAGCGGAAAAGACUAACAAUAGCUGUGGAGCUGGUGGUCAGUCCCUCAAUUAUAUUCAUGGAACAACCACCGGCUUGGAUGCUCGUGCUGCAGCUAUUGUCAUGA